AAAACGUUUAUAAAAAUUUUCUUUUGUCCAUUGUUUCAUUUUAUACGAAAUUUCAGCGAACCAUCAAUGGAGAAGGGUUUUGUCGUCUACAACUGGAAGCUACAGCUGCUGCUGCUCGGGCUUGUAUCCUCUGGGGCAGCGCUGAGGCUCAACAGCAGAGCCCCUGGUCGCUGUGGCAAAGAUCAGUUCAGGUGCAAGGAUGGCAAACGCUGCGUCUCCGAAGCAUGGAGGUGCGACGGUAUCAACGAUUGCUUGGACUACAGUGAUGAGAAAUUCUGUAACUGCACCUCGGAGCAGAUGAAAUGCGACAACGGCGUAUGUGUGGAUAAUAAGAAGCUGUGUGAUGGAUUCAACGAUUGCGGAGACUACAGUGACGAGCGAGGCUGCAACUGCAGCUCUGACCAGUUCGUGUGCCAGAACAAUGGCAUGUGCAUUCACGAACGGAGCGUGUGUAACGGCUACAACAACUGCGGCGACUACAGCGAUGAGCAGAACUGUACCUGCAGCACUUACGAUGUACCGUGCCCCACCUCCGGCAUGUGCAUCCACGAGUGGAACUUGUGUGACGGCAACAACGACUGUGGCGACUAUAGUGAUGAACUGAACUGUAGUUGCACGACAGACCAGUUCGUCUGCAAGGAUGGUGGCAUGUGUCUCAGUAGUUAUGCGCUAUGCAACCGCGUCUUCAACUGCCUUGAUGGCAGCGACGAGCUCUACUGCUCGGGUGAAUGCAGCUCGUCACAAUUCCGAUGCAAGGACGGCGCGGCCUGCAUCCCUGCUACCUACGUGUGUGACCGCAUGAACGAUUGUCAAGAUCUCAGUGACGAACAAAAUUGUAGCUGCAGCGCUUCACAGUUCCAGUGCAGGGACGACCUCCACUGCAUCGACGUGGGGUGGCUCUGUGACGGCAUCAACGACUGCGAAGACCUCAGCGAUGAAAUAAAUUGCAACUGCACUUUAGAGCAAUUCAAGUGCAAUAACGGCGCAUGCAAAGAGAAAUGGGCGAUAUGCAAUGGCAACGACGAUUGCGGUGACUACAGUGACGAAAUAAACUGUAUCUGCACUUCAGAGCAAUUCAAGUGCAAUAAUGGCGUCUGCAAAGAGCAAUGGUUAGUGUGCGAUGGCAACGACGACUGCGGCGACAACAGCGACGAGCUAAACUGCAGCUGCAGUUCUUGGCAGUUCGAGUGCAAGGCCGACGGGCGCUGCCUGCCUUCCGUCGUGGGGUGCGACGGUGAGGCAGACUGCGAGGAUCACAGCGAUGAACAAAACUGUACUGAUGAAUCCCUUGAAAACUUUCUUUAAAGCAAGUCUAGUGAUUGUGUGUAAUGUUUCACUGAUAAAAAAGGUUUCGAAAACAAUGUGAAAGAGAAUGUUAUUAUAAAUUAAAAUUGAAAGAACAGAAUAACAUUGUUAACUUUA